ACGACACGAUGGUUUCGACAGCCUGCCUCGCCGCCCUCCUGCUCGUCCUCUUCGGGCUCGCGUCCGCUGCGUCGGACAUGUCCAUCAUCUCCUACGACGAGGAGCACGGCGUCAAGGGUCUAGAGCGCAGCAAGGAGGAGAUGCGGCGGAUGUACGAGGGCUGGCUGAUCAAGCACGGCCGGACGUACAACGCGCUUGGCGAGAUGGAGAGGCGGUUCGAGAUCUUCAAGGACAACCUCCGCUUCAUCGACGCCCACAACGCCGAAGCCGACGCCGGCCUGCACCGGUACCGCCUCGGCCUCAACCGCUUCGCCGACCUCACCAACGAGGAGUACCGGGCCGGUUUCAUCGGUACCAGACCCCGCGGCGCCGCCCGCAGAAACCGCGUGCCCAGCGACCGGUACCGUCUCGGCGACGGUGAGGAGCUGCCAGAAUCCGUUGACUGGAGAGCGAAGGGCGCCGUCGCCGCCGUCAAGGACCAAGGCUACUGCGGGAGUUGCUGGGCGUUCUCGACAGUUGGUGCAGUGGAAGGGAUCAAUCAGAUCGUGACAGGGGAGCUGAUAACACUGUCAGAGCAGGAGCUGGUGGAUUGUGACAACUCCUACAAUAUGGGCUGCAACGGUGGCCUCAUGGACUAUGCCUUUGAGUUCAUCAUCAACAAUGGCGGCAUCGACACUGAAGACGACUACCCCUACAAGGCCCGUAACGGCAUGUGUGACCAAAACAAGAAGAAUGCCAAGGUCGUCUCCAUCGAUGGGUAUGAAGAUGUCCCGCAGAACGAUGAGAAGGCCCUGCAGAAGGCUGUUGUGAACCAGCCUGUUAGUGUUGCUAUUGAAGCGGGUGGCAGGGCGUUCCAACUCUACCAAUCGGGUAUAUUUACUGGAAGAUGCGGGACUAGGCUGGACCAUGGUGUUGUAGUUGUAGGCUAUGGCAGCGAUAAUGGCAAGGACUACUGGAUUGUGAGGAACUCAUGGGGAGGAGACUGGGGAGAGGCUGGCUACAUCAGGAUGGAGCGUAACAUUAAGGCAUCCACUGGCAAAUGCGGUAUCGCUAUGGAACCAUCUUACCCGAUAAAGAAGGGCAAGAACCCACCCCACCCUGGUCCAUCCCCUCCCUCUCCGGUGAGCCCACCAACUGUCUGUGACGAGUACUACUCCUGCCCACCAGCCACCACCUGCUGUUGUCUCUAUGAGUAUGGCAGCUACUGCUUUGCGUGGGGGUGCUGCCCUCUGGAGGCGGCGAUCUGCUGCGAUGAUCACUUCAGCUGCUGCCCUCAUGACUACCCUGCUUGCAAUGUUGGAGCUGGAACCUGUCAAAUAAGCAAAGACAAUCCACUAGGAGUGAAGGCUCUUGUGCGCACACCUGCGAAACCCCUCUGGGCUUUCUCGGAGAAGAAUAAUGUUACACUAACAUUAUGACUUUGAUUUGUUGGGCUGGAGAAGAAAAGAAGAAAGAAAGAAAGAAAGAAAAAUAUCUGCAUUGCAAACUCAUUUUUGUAACUUCGGAACAAAAACUGGUUCUGAUAUAUUUGACGCUUGGGCGGAGCUCAUGUACGUAGUCACAGAUUUCAAACAUUAGACAAAACUUAAAGAUAGUUGACUUGUUUUCUUCUUA